AUGAAGUUCACAAUACUUUCUUGUUUUGUAUUAGUUCUAGGUUUAUCAUUCUUGCAUAAAGUAAGUGGAAUCCAAUGCUACCAGUGUUCUACAAGUAGCGACCCACAAGGAUCUGAUAAUUGUGGUGCAUACGAAAAAUUCCACAAAGAUCGUCAUGUCUCGGUAGAAUGCACUAGUGAUGAAUCUCAUACGCCUGGCACAUUUUGUGUUAAAGUAACCAAACAAGGCCUCCGAGGAUUUAUAUGGGAUGGUCGUUGGAGAAAUGUGAUCCGCCGUUGUGGAUCGGUUUCUGAUACUGGUGUGACAGGAGUAUGCAACUGGGGAGUUGAAUGGAAUGGAGUUUAUUGGGAAGAAUGUUAUUGUUCGGAGGAUAACUGUAAUUCUUCCACCAACAUUACACCAUUAUCCGUCAUAACAACCACACUGUGUUCAUUAGUUACUAUGUACAUAUUAAGGGAUUGA